UUAGCAUAACUCAGGUCCAGCUAGCCGGAGGGAGCUAAUAUUUUUCUUGCUAUGCCAAUUGGGUCACCGACUCGUUGACUCGAGAACUACUCAUGUGGAUUUACACGUCUGUGUAGGCGUUUUGUGAACACCGUUUUCCAUGAGUAAAAGCGGUGUUGCUGAAUAUCGAAAAUACCGGCUUUACCCAGCUGACCAGUUAGCUUAAGUGAGGCUGUCGCUCAGGCGGCCAACGUUGGUGCUUAGCGGCCGCCUGCGGAUCGACUUAAGUCGCCGUGACAGGAGGAAAAGUGUGAUCAGUGGCAUAUGAGGACACCACGCAAAAAAGGCCAAGUGGCCACGGAUUGUUCAGCAGAUGUCAAGAAAUCUAAUGGGACGGUUGGCGGGCGAGGAGCCCGUCAGCGGUCUCCAUCUCCAUAUAGUGUCAAAACAUCGCCCAGAAAAGAUGCGCUGUCCUUUUCCCAAGCGCAAAAAGUGGUGGAAGUGGAGUUGGAUGGGAGGCUACAUCGGAUUUCAAUUCUUGAGCCCCUCGAAGUCAUCACUGAUGAUGAGAUGAUGGCACAGGACAUCAGUGAGUGCAACAGCAAUAAGGAGAACAGUGAAGAGCCGUCAUCUCCGCCCAGAAGCGUUCAGGCUGUGCGCAAGUCUACAACUCCCAGAGGUCGCCGGAAUAACUCCAAAAGCCCUGUGGUGAAGUCACCACCACCUAAGAACCACUGUCCCAAUUCACCGCCCUAUUCGCCUGAAAAGGUCAACUCAGUUCAAAAUCACCACUUACCCCUGCCUGAACCUAGUUUCCGUGUGUUGGAGACAUUCAUACCAGCUGAAGCGCCUCCCCUACCAACAGCUUACUAUCGUUACAUUGAAUGCUCAACUGAUGAGCAAGAGUCUCAGGCAGAAUAUGACAUGGAUGAAGAGGACACAGCAUGGUUGGAGAUGGUCAAUGCUGGCAGGACAGCUGAGGGUUAUUCCACUCUCCCAGCAGACACCUUUGAGCUGUUGAUAGAUCGUCUGGAGGAGGAGGCGUACCGGGAAGCCCGCAGCAGAGCACCUUCACAGAGUGCUAUUGACGAUGAUGCCUUCUGUUGCGUGUGCCUGGAUGAUGAGUGCCUCAAUAGCAAUGUGAUUCUCUUCUGCGACUCCUGUAACCUGGCUGUUCAUCAAGAAUGCUAUGGUGUUCCCUACAUCCCUGAAGGUCAGUGGUUGUGUCGCUGCUGCCUUCAAUCUCCUCAGAAACCAGUCGACUGUGUUCUUUGCCCAAACCGUGGUGGUGCCUUCAAGCAAACAAGCGAUGGACGCUGGGCUCAUGUAGUCUGUGCUAUCUGGAUUCCAGAAGUCUGCUUUGCCAAUACAGUGUUUUUGGAACCAGUGGAGGGUGUGGGAAACAUUCCCACUGCACGCUGGAAACUGACCUGCUACCUGUGCAAGCAGAAGGGCCGUGGUGCGUCUAUACAGUGCCACAAGGCCAAUUGUUACACUGCAUUUCAUGUCACCUGCGCUCAGCGUGCUGGACUCUUCAUGAAGAUUGAACCUGUGCGAGAGACGAAUAUGAAUGGGACUACUUUCUCUGUAAAGAAGACGGCUUUUUGUGAGGCUCACUCUCCCUCCUGCCAAGACACGCUAUCGGAUGAUGAGAAUGAAGGACGAGUUGUGGGCAGUAAAAAGAGGGCCAGUCGAGGACAGAGCGCCUACACAGAGGGUCCGUCAACCCCCAAAAAAGGCAGGAAGUCAGAGUGCAGUGCAAAGAUGGACAAGAAGAAAGGGAAGAAAGGCGAGGAGACAACAGAGCGAAAUUCCACAUCACCACAAGUGGCAGUUCCUCAAAUACCCACAAACAGGUUGAGUAUCAUCUGCAAAGGAAUCCUCUUCCAAAAGAAAAACCAAUUCAUGCAGAGGCUUCAUAGUUACUGGUUACUCAAGCGACAGUCAAGGAACGGUGUGCCACUCAUCAGGCGCGUGCACUCUAACGUCCAGUCCCAAAAAAAUACUGAACAGCAACCAGAAGUGGAUGAAAAGGUUUGCGCAGCCCGGGAAGCAUUGAGAUAUUGGCAGAAGUUACGACAUGACCUUGAAAAAGCCAGGCUUCUGGUGGAGCUCAUCCGUAAGAGGGAGAAGUUAAAACGAGAGCAGGUCAAAGUUCAUCAAUCCACAUUGGAAAUGAAGUUGACUCCAAUGUUGAUGCUACUUCGCUCCACCUUGGAUCAACUCUUGGAGAAAGAUACGGCCGAAAUCUUCGCUAAACCUGUUGACAUCAAAGAGGUGCCAGACUAUCUUGAGUUCAUCAGUCAGCCCAUGGACUUCUCCACGAUGCGCUCCAAACUUGAGAAUCACGCUUACCGCUCUGUGGCAGAACUGGAGGCCGAUUUCAACCUGAUGGUGUCCAACUGUCUCCUCUAUAACUCCAAGGACACAGUCUUUCACAAAGCUGCAUUGCGCCUUCGGGACCUGGGUGGCGCUAUACUCAGGCAUGCACAGCGACAAGCCAUCAGCACUGGUCUGGACCUGGACUCUGGCAUGCACCUUCCUGAGUCUCCGCAAAAGAGAACCUUCAACAGCUGCACGUGGGAGGAUAUCGACAGCGUUUUGGAUCCAGCAAACCGACUUCACAUGUCUGCGGAUGAGCAGCUGAAGGAGCUUUUAGAGAAACUGGAUUUUGUCACCUCCAUGAGAAGCAGUGGUGCACGGACACGUCGCAUUCGCCUCCUUCGCCGUGAGAUCAACAGCAUCCGCUACCGGCAGGGUCAGCACCGCAACAGCCUUCACAACGGACACUUGAAAGAUGAUGAGGACGACGGAGACGAUGAAGAAGAUGAGGACAAAGACGUCAAAGCUGAAAGUGUUUCGUCCUCUUCAGAUAAAGAAGAGCUAAAAUCUACUUCGCCUCCAACACUGGAACCCACUGGGCCAGCGCCCCCUCCGCGGCAGGAGGACACAUCACUGGAACCUCCGACCCUGCGACCAAUUACAAGAGAGGCUCCGGCUUCAAACUGGCACUGCAAACGUCUGAGGCUGGACGAGGAGCCUUCGGAAAAAGCCACUGUGGAUUCUAUUUGCACUAAAGAGCAGGAUCGGCUGGUGCCGCUGCCUCCUAUUUUGCACAACGAAGGUCAGGCUGUAGCCAACGGUCUGCCCGACCUUUGCACCCCGACAAAACCUGUCACUGGUGGAGUCGGCCGACGGACUUCUGUGCUGUUCAAGAAAGCGAAAAAUGGGGCCAAGCUUUUUCGAGGGAGAGACACUUCUUCAAUGAAUGGAAAAGCGCAGCAGGAUGAGAGUAUAAACACAACCACGCCCAACUCGGCUGCCAGCACGCCAUCAUCGACCCCUUUGCCCACACCAACCAAAUCCCAAGAAAAACAUUGUGAACCCCCUGAGCUUGUUCAACAACUGCCCCUCUCUGAUGAUCUGUGUCACAAGGCUGAGGUGGAUAAAAUGAAGAUUAAGAGUGGUCUGACUAAUGGUUUCAACAAACACCUGGAUGAUUCUGACGACAGCCCGUGUCCAGUUCUCCAUAAAGAAAUCAACUCACUACCCAAACGCAGCCUUGGAAAGCCAGCGCUCUCUAAAGUUCCCUUCCUGGACAUUGUUAACGGAGACUCAGAUUACACUGGUAAUACAAGCCAGACGUCAGAGGAUGAGCUGGAACCGAUGGAGCCCCUUGAUCUGGUGUGGGCCAAAUGUCGGGGUUACCCAUCUUAUCCUGCCCUGAUCAUCGAUCCAGAAAUGCCCGAGGAGGGUCUGUUGCACAACGGGGUGCCCAUCCCUGUCCCCCCCAAAGAUGUCCUCCUUCUUGGAGAGCAGAGGCAGGAGGAGACCAACUCAAGGCUUUACCUGGUGCUUUUCUUUGACAACAAGCGGACCUGGCAGUGGCUCCCCCGGGAAAAGGUGACCCCUCUGGGUGUGGACGACACGGCCGACAAGCUGCGCAUCAUGGAAGGCCGCAAGUCUAGCAUUCGCAAGUCAGUCCAGGUAGCGUAUGACCGCGCGCUGAUCCACCAGAGUCGAGUCAGCCAUAGCCAAGGCUUUGUUGCCUCGAAUUUAGGACUCUAGGGGGCAAUCCUGAGCUCUUUUCGCAUAUGCAGUCAGCCCUUAACUGAAGGUAGGAGUCAAGGCUGUGGCGACAGGAGCCUUGUGUCGACCGGUAUGAAGUCUCCUUAAUACAUCCGCCUACUCAGUUCUGCAAUCGAGUUUUGGGAUCAAAUGUAAAAGAUAAACUUUAAUGUAUCUUGCUACUGCCAAGAAUCAAAUAUCCAUAAAAGAGAUUCGACACAUGAAUGGAUCACUGCCAUCUUUUAUAUGAAAGCUUUUUACAUUUUACACUUUUUUCCGUGGCACUCUUUGUGUACAUAGGUGUGUGUAAUUGAACGCAAUUUAAUUUAAUGUUUUGUUUUUUUCCCUAAUGCGUAUUUCAAUCAACCCACAAGGGACAAAGCAAGGCUGUGUAUCGUUGUGAAGUUUAAUAAUGAACUUGCUGCAAGUGUUGCUGAUGUAUUUUCACCGUGUUGCAUCGUGUGUUAAUGAGCGUGUGCGCUCCAACCUGAGAGUGCAUUCAGGUCGACACUCUUUAUAUUUGAAUUCUCUUUUUAAACAGAGAUAAAUAAUUUAUUUAUGAGAGAUAGAGCUAUUCAAAUGACAACUAUAUUAGUUAAAGGUGACGUUGAAAUGUUAUUUAAAACAUGUUUUGAGAACAUUUUAACCGACGAGUUUCCGUGUUCGGCUUGAUGAAUUACUGCCUGACCCCAAUUCAUUUUUAAUCCAUUUUAUUUAUUAAAAAAGUCCAGCAGAGUCCUGUUUUUAUCCCGCUAAAAAUACACCUCUAUAAGCUUGAAUUGUAUAUUUUAUCUGCUCACCAAACAUUUUGUCUGAACCAGUAUUCCCUCAUUUUGGAAAACCAGUACUCUAUUAAAACCUUUUGAAAUAUGGUGCUUCUUUUGUGCUCUGUGACAUUUGAAAUGUAAACAAGCUUGUAACUCUUGAAAUGGUUUGUACUGAUCAAGUUCCUAAAAGUCGCUGCGACAGUUCCGAUGUCUCAUGAGCAGGAGGUAGUUGUGACGAAGAGUCCUCAGUUCGGUCAGUCGUCCAAGGAGGCAACCAAAGCGCUUAGGUCCUGCUCGCGCAGCACCGGUCUUGGACCAGCAUAGCCUCGACAGCAGGUCCAGGAUCAGCUCCUGCAUCUUCUCCACACAGCUUGGAGCCAGCAGGGACAGGCGGUCUGCAGGAGGAUGAAGAUGUUUUUGACUUUCAAGUAUGGAAAACUGGAAGUGACAACAUC